CGGAGCGCCCAUUCAAAUUGUGGGCACCGGGAAAGCGGGCGAUACUUUUGGAAACGGAUCGACUGGACGUCAAAGGAGCAUCCAGAGCAGAGCUUAGAGUCUUCAGCGACAUCCUUUUAAGAGUAACUCGCUGCCACCAUGUCAGUCUACACGGCACAGCGAGGGCCCAGCAGCGGCCUCCCCGGCGCUCCUGCUUCCCAGAGGAGCUCAUCACCGGACGGCCUCGGCCUGGGGAGCAGCCGGAAGCAGCUGUCCAGCUCGGACGUGUCCGAGCGUGAAAACGACGACCCGUUCCUGAGGUCCGCAAGGAAACUCAGAGACAUAAACAGCACCUACGUGAUCUCCGCCUGUAAGGCCCCUGGAGAUGCGCCCCUGACCCCUAACCCUGCGGGUAGACUGACCCUUCAGAGGAGAGUUACAAGGAACAAAGAAUCAUCGUUGCUUGGGAGUGAGGUGGGAGAGUCAUCUGAAAGAAAGACAGAAACUCGUCUUAAGUUACAACGUUGCGUCCGAGCAGAUUCCGUGGACAGGCGGACAACAGCUAAAGCAGAUUCAACGACACAGAGCGUGGGAGGGGCCGCAGCAAGUGAUGGUGCUUCACGGGACACCAGUAGGAAGGUAAGGAUUGUCAGUAACAAGAAAAACUCCCCCAUUGCAUCGUCUGCACCCUCACCUGAAGAUGGUGACACUGGACUUGUGGCCGAUGAAAAAGACAGAGGAACAUUUUCUGCCCUCAGGGGAGCAAACGACAGCGUGACUCGUGAGUACUUCAGUCACAGCACGCCCAUCCGUCCCCAGAAAGAGGCUGAGGAGGCUCGACCAGGACGCCUGGCCACGAAACCCUUUCAGAGCCCGUUGGACGUCAGAGCGUCGGGAACAGGAAGCUGGCACCACAGAAAUCUGGGGGAGGAUGUUGCGAAAAGCAGAAAUGAGUUUGAAAGCUUAGGGAGAGGGACGCCUGCGAAACGCACUGCAGGGCACACGUGGACCCCACGGCGCGGCACGCCUCAGCCUCAGAGUGCGGCGAUGUCCACCCUGAGACCCAGGACGCCCAGCUCCCAAGGUCAACAGAAGCCCAAACGCUCUCUUUUCGCAAAUAAAAGGGAAGGGUCACACAAGCAUACGCUCCCUCCCACGGAGGAGGCUGCGGCUCAGAGCGCCUCCACAGAGAGGGACCCCUUAAAAGCGGAGAACAGUCAGGUGACGGUGGCGGUCCGCGUGAGGCCCUUCAGCAAGAGAGAGAAGGACGAGGACGCGGCCCAGGUGGUCUUCCUGGACGGGGAGGAGAUCGCCGUGCGGCACCCGGACCUGAGACAGGCGUACAGCUUCCUCUACGACGUCUCCUUCUGGUCCUUCGACGAGUGCCACCCGCGCUACGCCGGCCAGGCCGCCGUGUACCAGACGCUGGCGGCCCCGCUCCUGGCCCGCGCCUUGGAGGGCUACAACGCCUGCCUCUUCGCUUACGGGCAGACGGGCUCCGGGAAGUCGUACACGAUGAUGGGAUUCGGUGAAGAACCAGGAAUCAUCCCUAGAUUCUGCGAAGACCUGUUUGCUCAAGUGGCCAAACACCAAACCCAGGAGGUCAGGUAUCACCUGGAAAUGAGCUUCUUUGAAGUUUAUAACGAAAAAAUCCACGACCUGCUGGUGGGCAGAGGCGACGGCAGGCAGGGGAAGCAGGCGCUGAGGGUCCGCGAGCACCCCGUCUCCGGGCCGUAUGUCGAAGCUCUGGCCGUGAACGCCGUGGGUUCCUACUCCGACAUCCAGGGCUGGCUGCAGCUGGGGAGCAAGCAGCGGGCCACGGCGGCCACCGGCAUGAACGACAAGAGCUCCCGCUCGCACUCGGUGCUCACGCUGCUGCUGACCCGCACCCAGGAGGGCGUGAGCAUCAACAAGUCCCUGCUGACCCUGGGCAAGGUCAUCUCGGCGCUGGCGGAGCACGGGGGCCGCCGGAGAGCGUUCAUUCCCUACCGGGAGUCGGUCCUGACCUGUGGCUCCCUGUGCGGCGGGGAGCGGUACCCUAGUAAUCGCGUGGGAGUUAAGCGUGUUGUAAGAGCGUGGAAAGAAAAAUUUGAACAGGCCGAACAAAGAAAACAUCACGAAAUCAAGGAGUUACAGAAAGCAGGCAUCACCUUCCAAGUGGACAACCGCCUGCCGAACCUGGUCAACCUGAGCGAGGACCCGCAGCUGUCGGAGACGCUGCUGUACGUGAUCCGGGAGGGCACCACCGCGGUCGGGAAGCGCGGCCCCACCUCCCGCCCCGACAUCCAGCUGUCCGGGGCGCUGGUGGCCGACGAGCACUGCACCAUCAGCCACGUUGACGGGACCGUGAGCAUCGCCCCCGUCGGGGAGGCCAGGACCUACGUGAACGGGACGCACGUGUUGGGGCCCACGGUGUUGCACCACGGCGACCGCGUGGUGCUCGGGGGAGACCAUUACUUCAGGUUUAACCACCCGGCGGAGGUCCGGAGCGGGAAGAGGCCGCCCGGGGGAGGCGCCCCGGCCAGCGAGGGCCCGAAGGACUUUGAGUUCGCCAAGAACGAGUGGCUGGCGGCCCAGCGAUCGCAGCUGCAGGAGAUGAGUAACCAGGAGGCACAUCUCCGCAUCGAGGAGCUGGAGAGGGUGAAGCAGCGGCUGGAGCAGGAGGUGCAGGCCAACCGGAGGCGCCUGCAGCUGGAGAGGCUGGCGGCCCAGCAGGCUCUGGAAGACCACAGCGUCCGCCACACGAGGAUCCUGGAGGCCCUGGAAGCCGAGAAGCAAAAAAUCGCUCAAGAGGUGCAGGCGCUGCAGCAGAACCAGGGCAGCAAGGACAGGGCUCCCCCGGUCCCGACGAGCUGGGGCUCCCUGAAGCUCUCCCUCAUGAUCCAGGAGGCCAAUGCCCUCAGCAGCCGCUCCCAGAGGCAGUACGUGUUUGGCAGACACGAGGCGCCCGACAGAGGGGGUGGCUCUGGCCCCCGGGUCCGGGUGCGGAACCUGCGGCUCGGCGUGUCCACCCUCUGGAGCCUGGAGAAGUUUGAGUCCAAGCUGGCGGCCCUGAAGGAGCUCGAUGAGAGUAACUGCCAGAGCGAGGACCUCUUCUGUGACCCUGAGGACGAGUGGGAGCCCGACCUCACGGACGCGCCCGCCGCCUCGUUCUCCCGGAGGAGGAGCAGGAGUUUGGUGAAGAACCGCAGGGUCUCCGGCUACUUGCACGACAUCCAGGCCCACGCGGCUCCGAGUCUGCCCUCCUCUCGCUCCUCAGGCUCGGGGGAGAAGCCGGGCUCCCUGGGCUCCAGCUCCGCGGCGUCCUCCCUCCCCGGGAUCUGCAGAGAGCUGAUCGGCUCGUCCCUGGCCGUCCUCGGGCGGAGCGGCGAGGAGGAGACGGUGGCGGACGGCCUGGUGGACAGCCUCCUGCGGGUGCGGGGGCUGCUGGCCAUCUCGCAGGCCCACGCCGCCCAGGACGAGGACAGCCCCGACGACCUGUUCUCUGCGGACCGCGCGGCCCAGGCGCGGGCGGUGCAGGUGGCCUGCGCCUUCGGGCAGCUCGCGGUGCUGGCCCCGCUCUGGCCGGGGGACGCCCCGCCCGGGCCCCACGCAGCACGGCUGGCGGAGGAGCUGCGGCAGGAGGUGGAGAAGCUGGGCAGCUACGUGCAGAUGUUCCUGCAGGGCUGCUCCUCAGACAUCCCGUCGAUGGUGACGGACGCGCAGAGCAGAGCCACCCAGGCCGUCCGACAGGCUGUGGCGUGUGCGGGGCAGCUGGCGGUGCUGAGCGGGAGCAGGCUGCGUCUCCUGGACCCCGGGGCUUACGGGGGCGCCGACGCGCAGGAGGAUCUCGUGGACGCCCUGUGGGACGGAGUCGGCGCGGGGGUGAGGCUUCUCAUCGACUCCGGACUCGAGCGGGCGGCCGAGCUGCGGCGCGAGCUCUCAGGGCAGCACCCCCAGAGCGAGACCGUCUCCGCCUCCCGCUCUCCUGCGGAGCCGGUCAGGGGGCCGGGGCUCCGGCCGCUCUCGCCGCUGAAUUGCAGUCCCGGUCACCGGGCUGGUCUCCGACCUCCCGGCCGGACCGCCUCUCCCGCCCGGUCCCUGGAGCCCUCGGGGUUCCUGCUUCCGGAGAAUCGCGUGCAUCACACACAGCCUGACCUCUCCCUCCAGGCGGCCCAGCAGCUGCGCGCGAAGGCCGAGGCGCUGAUCCGGUGCCUGGAAACCAUCUUUGCCGAGUGGAGAACCGAAAGCUCCCGCACGCGAGCGCAGGGAGAACCUUCCGGAGGCGGAGCCCCAAGGGAGAUGGCUGAUCGCGCCCCGGAAAUGCUGAAUUUAACGCGCUGCUUGGAGCAAACCAUUGAAGCCGUCGUUUCUGCCCUGAGAGGACGCCGCGGCGACGGGGGCGCCCUCAGGACCUGCGUGGAGAGGGUCUGCGUCUUGGCCGGGGGCGGCGCCACCGACAGCUGUGCCCAGAGCCGUGGGGACCUGACAUCGGCGGCCAAGUCCCUCCUCCUCUGCUUCGAGGCCGAAGACAGGCCCGACCUGUCGGAACCCUGGGACGCGUGUCCUCAGAACAGCAGGACCGGCCCCGCCGCGGGGAGAGGCGUCUAUGCGCUGCCCUCCCGGCCCCCGCGGAGCUCAGGGGAGCGCGCGCCCAGCGGGACCCAGUGGGUGUGA